AUGCUUGCUUUCCUAUCACCAACAUGCCUAGCUAUCAUAGCACUGUUCUCCCAAGCCGCAAGCCCACAGGGUCUCCUCCAACCGCUACCACCCCAGGGCUUCGGCGCCCUCGAAUGCCUGCCCAUCACAGCGAGCAACUCCAGCGUAGAGGUAUACCCAGUCGGAGACCCGGUCUCCCUAGAGUACACAGGCGUCUACCCGCGCGCAUCCGGCUCCGUUGACGAGGGGCUAUAUCUCGGGUACGCAAUUCGCCAGGGCUUCACCAAGAUCCUGCGAGCGUACCGAUCUUUAGACGGGGGCAGCUCGUGGCAGAAGCUAGGCGACGUCGAGCGCGGCGACAACCGCACCCGCGAGCUCGACAACGCGUUCCCGCUCGUGCUCCCGCGCGGCUUUCCCGGCACGGGGGACGGCACCAACACGGGCGUCCCGGCAUCGAACACAUCUUUUUCCAACAGCACGAGCGACAGCCAGCACCACCCAGAGAGGAUCCUCUACGCGUACCGGAACCACGACCGGUCCCUCAACAAUACCCUCGGCGUGCCGGACAACUACACCUUCUACCGGCUCUCGGUCUCCGCGUCCGACGACGGCGGCGCGUCCUGGAGCUUCCUCAGCAACAUCGACACGCGCGCCGCCAACAACGGCUCCGCCAACCUCAACGGCCUGUGGGAGCCGUUCCUGCGCGUCGCGGCCGACGGCGCCACGCUGCAGGCGUACUACUCUGCCGAGAACGACGCGGGCGACCAGGACAGCCUGAUGCGCGAGUCGACUGACGGCGGGCGGACGUGGAGCCGCGUGGCGAGGGUUGUCUCCGGUGCGAACAGGGUGCGUAGCCGCGAUGGGAUGACUGGUGUUGCUCGGCUGGGGGAUGGGUGGCCUGGGGGUGAUGAUGAGGAGAAGAGGCUGGUUCUUUUCUUUGAGACGACUGAGUCGGGUCGUUUCGAUGUGCGCCGUGUCAUGUCGCCGGACGAUGGGCAGACGUGGCCGCUGGAGACGCGCGCGAGGGUGUAUGACCCGCUGGACGAGGAGAAGCAGUCGUCGGCGCCGGCGGGGGUGGUUAAUGUCGGGGGCACGCUGGUGGCUGGGUUCAUGACGAACGAAGGGACGAAUUCAUCAGGAACUGUGCCUGGGGACUUCAAGAUUGUUGCGAGCGUAGAUGAUGGCGAGACUUGGAGUAAGAGCAUUUUAAUUGCCCGCGAGGCAAUUUGGCCCGGGCUGUAUUCACUUGGGAGGGACCGAUUUAUGGCGCUGUACAGUUUUGAUUCGCACGAGGGCGAGUAUGUUGCUGCCACUAGAGUGUUCGAGGUGCAACGAGGAUAA